AUGCCACCUAAAAAGAACUGGGAAUAUGCAGUAGUUGCUGACAGCCGAAGAGCAAUGAGGAUACUCCAGAGUUUCCCGAUAAUAUGGAAUAAGAGACAUAAAAAUUAUCACCGGGCCCAUUGUGUCGAGCGAAAAGAAAAGCAAGAGGAAUUCCUUGUAAAACUUUUGGAAAGUGAGAGAGAAUUAGCUCCUUCCAAACGUUAUUGGACAAAGAUGAAAGAAAGGACAAAGCAGAAAUUUUGGGCGUCAGUAGAACAGAAGAUCGAGCUGAUUAAAAAGAACAUGAUAAAACUGUUCGAUAAAAGAAAAAUGGGGGAAUCAAACCCAAAAAUGAGGUUUAUGGUUGGGUCCCUCCUUGAUUGGCCCCCUAAUGAGCUUCUCUGGAUGGCGGAGUUCAUGCCAACCAACAAUUUUGGUGACGGGAGAUCUCCGGGGGAGCGUUUGGCAAUGGUGACCCCAUCAACCAGUGACAAGGGAAAAGAGAAAAGACGAAAGACCAUCUCGAGAGGGCCAGGGAAGCAGCCACAGCAGACGUGCAGCCAUAGCAGGGAAGCAGCCACAGCAGCCACGCCCACACGGCCAGUGUCAGCAGACACGCUCUCGCUGCACUUACAGUCACCUUUACACUUGCAGCCAUCCCCGCACUCACAGUCAUCUACACCCCCACAAUCACGCUCACCCCCACCUUCACACUCACCCUCACACCCACCCCUGCACUUACCCCCAACCUCACGCUCACCCCCUGCACCUUCACACUCACCCCCAACCUCACGCUCACCCCCUGUACCUUCACACUCACCCCCAACCUCACGCUCACCCCCAACCUCACGCUCACCCCCUGCACCUUCACACUCACCCCCAACCUCACGCUCACCCCCUGCACCUUCACACUCACCCCCAACCUCACGCUCACCCCCAACCUCACGCUCACCCCCAACCUCACGCUCACCCCCACCUUCGCGCUCACCCCCACCCACGCACUCACCCUCAACCUCACGCUCACCCCCACCUUCACGCUCACCCCCACCCACGCACUCACCCCCAACCUCACGCUCACCCCCACAAUCAUCCGUGACAUCCUCUCGGACACCACCACCACCAUGUUCAAAGAGAAGGGUAAGAAGAAAACAUGAAUCGGUUGGCUUGCAACCUAGUUUCGACGAAGAUGUUGUAACGCCACGAGCCUCAGACUUGGAAGCCGUUAUAGGCCAUUUCGUAACGUCGACUCCGAAACGAAGUCGCCCAGCGACGGGCUUCACAACUUCAGGUACAGUUGAUGAAGCAGAGGUGGGAGAGGAGCAAAAAAAAACAUCAAAGGAACAUAUGGAAAAUUAUUAUGUCAGACUUUUAUCAAGACAACAUAUUGAUAUGACUGAUAUUUAUGAGAGGCUAAAAAGCGAGAGUGGAACCCUCGAAUCUGAUACCCUUAACAGAAAAACUUGAAUUUAUUGUGGUAAAAUUUUUGUAUAUUUGAGUGGUUUCCUGGUCGAGUGAAAGGAGUAUAAGGUCAUCCGCCCACUGGCCACAGUAGGUGGCUAACAGCCAUAUUUGAAAGUACGGGGCAAUUUGGAAAAUCUAGGAGGCAGGACAUAUCUCUGAGAAAAACUUUAAAAAGGUCAGGUGAGAGUGGGUGACCUUGUUCUGUACCUUUACGUAUCUGAAAGCGUUUACUGAGAUGACCUGAUAAUUUUAUGUAAGCGUACGAGUUUGAGUACAUAUUUGAGUACAUAUUUUUGAGGAAAUUGUAGAAGUUUCCAGUUAUGCAUUUUUUGCGAGUUUGAGGAAAAGGGCUUGACGGCAGACUGAGUCGAAUGCUUUUUUUAAAUCAACAAAUACUGCAUAUAUACAGGUUUCCCCAAAAGUUUAUAUUUUGAAGCUAUAGUUUUCAUGGUUAGUAUGUGAUCAUAUGUUUGAGCUUUCUUUGUGAAGCCUAGUUGGUUAGGUGGAUCAGGGCAGUUUUCAGAGCGGAAGUGAAUGAGUUGUUCUAAGAGAAUAGUUGAGAAGAGUUUUCCUAUGACACUGCUGACAGCAACUGCACGUUAGUUGUCAGGAUCCGAUUUAUUACCCUUUUUAUGAAGUGGAGAUAUAAUGCUGACGUUCCAGGGGUAAAUUCCUUGUGAGAAACAGCCGUUGAAGAGGUUCAACAUAAUCAAUUUAUGAUUGGUGUACAGAGA